AUGAUUAGUAGUGUCGCUGUUCUCAAGGAGUCCAACAUCUACACAUCUCCAGCGGAUACUAUUAGUUUUGCAGCAGUAGAGGAGUUCGCGAGCGAUUUGAAUGCCACACACGAUACCCUUUUGAUGAGCGUGGAGAAAACAGACACCGUUUUCAAAAAGUUCAUCUUGAAGUCUAUUGCGUCGGUGCGUCUUCAACUGCAAGAUGCUGAGUGGUUCAAAGCAGCUUCCACGGACAUAGAGAAUUAUCUGGCCAGCGAAAGCGGUAGCGUUUAGUUGUAGAGUUGUGCUUCUAUAUGCGACCUUUUUUCAUUCCGAUCCAGUCUCCUGAUCAAGAAGAACGAUGCAAAUUAUUUGAUAGACUUCACUCUGUUUUUGUUCUCCACAACUUCUUGCCUGUCUUCAAUUAUAUGCAGGCUCUUGAUAUAUCUUACGCACACUCCCAUGACUAUUAACUUUCACGAUUUCACUCGCUACCAGAUAUGACGCACGAUGGCCUUAUGGAACUUGGAGAUAAGCGCUUGGUUAAGUGCCUUGAACUAUUUGCGAAGGACUUUAAAGAAGUGGGCCUGCAGUUUGAGCGCUUGUUGGAAUUCAAAGCACAGAAAAACCCAAGUUUACUGGCGCAAGACCGUACUGAUUCGAAAACAUCAGCAGAGCUUCUUCGAGGAUUUGGCUUUCAGGUCGCCGAACCAGAAGCUCCGGAGCAAAAUUCAGGGGAGCGCCCAGAGGGCCCGAAUGUACUACCUACUACAAAUCACCUUGACCUUGGCGAUUUUAUUUUUGAUGGUGCGGACGUUGGUGAAGACGCUGAUGAUGACCACACUAAUCAUGCGAAACUACAAUCUUCACAGGAUGCGAAUGCCAACUCUGCUUCCGGUCCCGGUCUUACAAACAGAGGCGCUCCGCCAGUACCUGGACACGGCAACGUGCCGCGAGGGAACAAUAAUCCGGUCCCGCACCCUCCUGCGAAUCCACAACCCAACGCACCCCCGCCUGUGCCUCCCAUGAAUCCGAAGCCGCCGGUCAUCAACCCGCAACCGCAACCAGGCAACAUCAACAAUCCUGUCCCCGCGCCGCCGGGGAACCAUAAUCCAGUCCUGAGUCCUCCUGUGAGUGCGCAGCUCAGCGUGUCUCCCCCUGGGCCUGCCAUGAGUCCGAGUCUGCCGCUGCUGCUGAGUCCUCCUGUGCAGCCAUGCAGUCAAAACAUGAAUCCUAACGUGGUGCCCAACGUCAACCCGGGCUUCAAUGUGCCUCCUGCUGUAGUCCCAUCUGUGCCUCCUCCGGUGGGUCCAGCGUUGUUGCUGAAUCCUCUUGUGCAACCGGGCAAUCUGAACAUGAGUCCUAACGUGGUGCACAACGUGAGUCCAGGCUUCAAUGUGCCUCCUGCUGUAGUGCCAUCUGUGCCUCCUCCGGUGGGUCCAGCGUUGUUGCCGAGCCCUCCUGUGGGGCCGGACAGUCUCAGCAUGAGUCCUAACGUGGUGCAAAACGUCAGCCCGGUCUUGAGUGUGCCUCCUGCUGUAGUCUCAUCUGUGCCUCCUCCGGUGGGUCCAACGUUGUUGCCGAGCCCUCCUGUGCAACCGGACAGUCUCAACAUGAAUCCUAACGUGGUGCAAAACGUCAGCCCGGGCUUGAAUGUGCCUCCUGCUGUAGGUGUAG